AUGGAAGCCGAGGAGUUGGAGCGGAAAAGAGGAGUCCUGGCAAGGAUUGGCGGAGCAGAGCUCAAGUGCUCUGAUUUUACCGCUGCCAGUAGCAAGGAGAAGGAAGAGGAGGAGGUAGAUGCUGGCUUAUCACAGUUCGUUCAGAAGUUGGACGAGUGGUGGAAGACUCUUGAUGCGUUGCAGCGGGCUCUCGAAACUGAGAGCGGUGAACCGGGAGAGUCCACUGGAACAAAAGGAGGGGCAGCAGAGCAAGCGGAAGAGAAAGAGGAAGAGGAAGAAGACGAGUUGGAGGAACAGCUGAAGACUGUCGAUAUGCGGCAGUGGGUACUCCGCUCUGCGUCCCAGAUCGACCUGGGUGGAGCAGGUCAGCCUGAUGAGGCAAACGGAGGGGCAGCAGCAAAAGCAAGAUCAGGGGUCAGUCCAGAGCCGCGUCUGUUGCUGACUCAAGCGGACAUGGUUCACUACUUGGACGUGACGGGUGGAUGGGAGGAUCGCGCAAGUGCAGUGUGCAAGUGCUGCUUUGACCGUGCAGUGGGCCAGCGAGCACAGCGAGCAUUUGGCAUCAAGAACCUGGAAGACUUGCGUCGCCACCUGUGCAAGGAACAGCCUCAUUGCAUCCCCACUGCAGAUUUCGCGCAGCUGCACCGGGCCAAUUUCGAAUACUCUAAACGGGCAGCGGUGCAGGCGCUACAGGAGGGACGUAAACUCCCGCCUGCGGAACAGUUUGCAUGGAAGGCGGUGAGGGCGCCUCGCCUCUGUGCAGAAGCCAUGCUUCUCGAGUGGAUGGCUGAGCCUCGUGUGGGCGUGCUCAUGGAUCUGAGGAGGAUCAGAUCCUGCCUGCCAGGUAUUUUGAAUGGGACAAGAGCUGCACGUGAUGACUUACCGUCUCCUGCUUCAUCUGCUACUGCUGCUGCUGCUGCUGCUGCUGCUGCUGCUGCUGCUGCUGCUGAUGCUUCCCCUUACGCAUCUGGUGCUGCAGCGUGGUCUUUUUGCUGGCGCUGCAGCAGCUGCUGGGCUGCCUACCGCCGUGCUGUCAGCUUCUCAACGUUCCUCGUGCUUGUAGCGAGGUCUUCCCGUUUUGUGACUCUAUGGGCCGCUCACUUGGACUUGUACUCAUCUUCCUGGCCAGCGAUUGUUGCUGAGCUGGGGGCAGUCAGGCAGGGGGAGCGGGACAGGUUGGCUUACCUGCUGGUGCAGGUGCUCGGGGUGAAGGAGAGUGCUGAUCUGAGGGACGGGUUUGGGUUCUACGUGCAGCAUGUGCUGUCAGGCGGGGUGGAAAAGGCGCAUGCGGAGGAGAGGGGGGGAGGGGGAGACGGGGGAGAGGCGGCAGAGAGGACGGAUGCAAGGGGGAAGGGGAGAUGUGAGGGUGUAGGAAAAGGCCCUGUAGAGCAGACGGGGGGUAUGGAGCAGGAUAUUGGUGGGGGCAAACGGGGAGAGAGAAGGCUUGUUGGGGGGUUGGUGGAUGCGUCACAUGGGAAGGAAGAUGGGAGACACGGAGGGGAAGAGGCGGGGAGCAAGCGGGGGAAGCGAGGCAGUUCAGGGGCAGCCAUUGCAGUGGAAGGGGCAGCAGCAGCAGCAGCAGCGGAGGCAGCAGCAACAAAGUCCACGGAGUUGGGGGCACCAACACGUGCAGCAGUGCUCCCAAUGUGGGUCCGAGUCUACGGCUCAGAUUCCAUCUCGGGGAAACAAUGCUUCAAGGACGACCCUCACAGCAAGGUCCUGCCCAUGCGCCACCCGUUCCGAGACCUCCCAAGCCUGCUGGUCAGGUUCGGCGCCAUCCCCAAGCCUCUGGAGGGAAGCAGCGGUGCUUUUGAGUGGGAGGAGUGGCCUCGGGGCGAGGAAGCUGCUGUGAGGUUUCCUGUGAACCGAAAGGAGAGGUGUUUUGGGCUUGGGAUUGUGGAGGAGCGGGGUGGACCAGCCGAGAAGCUGACUCAGCAUCCUCCUGAGCACACGUCGGAAGCAGGAGGGGGCAGAAGCCGUACCAAGGAGAAAGGAAGCAAGGCAGUAGGUGAAGGAGCAAGCCAGGAAGAUGAACAGAGCAGAGCCUGUGGAGGAUUCGAAGCAGGAGGGGUCAGCAGGAACGCAAGGAGGAAAGCCUGCAAGGCAGCAAGAACUGGCAUGGAAGCUGUUUUGAGCAGAUCGCGUGGGACAGCUGAAGCAUCUCGGACCGACGAGCAGAAAGUUACACUGCCCCCCCCCAGAAGGAAGCUUCCUAUCGUUCGCUGCCGGGCAGACGUGGACUUCCUGGUGGGGCUCGCCGGGUAUAUCAUGGACCCUCCUGCAUGCACCCAGUGCGGCACGUGCUCCUUAGAAUUCGUGCAAUCCGUGUGCAUGGCUGCUCUGAUUGCCAACUUCGCGUACCACCAAGUAAGCCAUCUGUUCUCCCGCGUGCUCUCUGUCUUCCCGCCCUCCUCCCCUGGCUUUGACGAGCUGGUUGAGUGUCUGGAGCUUCCUGGACGCCUGCCCAGGCCGUUGAACCUGCAUAUGCUGCUGAGGCGCGCCGAGCAGGUGCCUCUGUACUUCCUCAUUCACAUGGCCGUGUGGUGCGCUCGUCCUCUGCUGAAUCUUGCUGGUUUCGAAGGUGGGGAGAGUGAGAAAGGGCAGGGAGUGCAGUCGGGUGCACGGAGGGAAGGUGCGGAGGAGAAAGCAGGAUUAGGUGGCAGUGUGAAGGUGCAAGGCGGCUGGGAUGGUGAGACGGAUCAGGCGAGCGGUGAAGAGGUGUGGGAAGAGGUGCGAAUGUGGGGCAGCGAGGGUCUACCAGGGGGAGCAGCACUGACAGCAGAAGCAGCAGCAGCAGCAGCAGCAGCAGCAGCAGCAGAAGCAGCAGUGAGAAGAAGGGCAAGGGAGGGGGGGGAGCCGGCUUAUCUGAAGGCAUGGCCGGGGGGAGUCAAUGUGGUGGCGUGUCUGCGAGAGAUGCUGCUGGGGGAGCCGUGCUACCGCCCUGCUUCCCCUGCUGCAAUGUCCACCCAUGCUACUGCUUCCACCCAUCCCGCUGCUACUAUGUCUUCUCGUCCUGCUGCCUCUCCCACCCCCACUGCAAUAAGCAUCAGUGCUGCUGCUACUGCUACUGCUGCUGCUGCUGCUUCAGAUGUCCAGGGCCGUGUGUGCGGUGCUGCGGAAUGUGGGACGGUGGAGGGUGGCGGAGUGAAGAUGAGGAGGUGCGGUGGGUGUGGCAAGGUGGCGUAUUGCAGCAGAGACUGCCAAAAGGCGCACUGGCCCUCCCACAAGCUCACAUGCCCCGGCAGUAGCAGCGGGAAGAAGAGAGGGAAGGAUGGGAGCAGAGAUGGCCGCGUGAAAGUAAGCAAGGAGAGUGUUUGUGAGGGUAGUGACGAGAGUGGUGGUAAGGAAAGAUGUGGGCAUGGUGGGAAGAUGAUUGGCGGGGUUAGUUGCAUAGGGGGGUGCAAGGACAUUGCCUGGCACAGGUGUGAAAGCAUUGGCAAGGAGAGCUGGAAAGAGGGUGGCAAAGUCCAGGGAAGGAAGGAAGAGUGA